AUGUCAGGUGAAGUUCGAUGUCGAAUAUGCAAUGGAGUCUGUCCGCCCGCUAGGAGAUAUGUACUUUACAAUGCAGAAAAUGAUUAUACAUCAACAGCGAUGCUGUUUUUCAAGGCAUAUGGUCUGUCUAUUAGACGAGACAAGCCUGGAUUGUCUCGCCAUUGUUGUCGAAAUUGCCGAAAUAAUGCGAAUAGGGCCGUCGAGAAAAUUAAAAGUUAUAAGGAAAAUAUUAGUCCUCGAGGGAAAAGAAAAACAAUACCAUCCUCGCCAAAUUCGAUUAGAUCUCCACCAUCGAAAACAUCGAGACCUAACGAAAGAAAUUGUAGAUUUUCAGCCAGAUCAUUGCAGUUUUCCAACGACAAAGCACAGGUACGACGACAUUAUUUAAAUUUUAUUAUAAAAAGACCAGUCUUUUGCCGAAGAAAUAUGCAACUAUGUAUAUACUAACUGAAAUCGGUGUUUACUAAAUAUUGCUGGUAUGAUAUCCCAAUAUUGUCCGAGUGAGACUGUUUAAAAAUACUUUAUUUGUUAUAGCUAGAAAGUUAAACUUGUCAAAUUACACGUACGAUAAUUGCAAUUUUGCAUCGCUGUAACAAAUAAGAGUUAUUGUGACAAAUAUUGUAUUGUGACAAAAGAUAGGGUAAUUAAAUAAAUUUCUAUUUGAUACGCAAAAAUAGACAAGCUUUCUUUUACUGCAAACACUUUAAUUUUAUAUAAAUAUAAUGUGGUCGUCAUAAAGUGCUUUACUCCUGGUCUUGCAGCCUUGGGUGUGUUAAUUAUUGUAAUGUUUGCACUAAUAUUUUAACACAAAAUUAGGACGAAUAAUCCAUAAACUUAUUACAGACAAUUCACGCCAUUAAACCAAAAAUAUGAAGAAGUAGUAUACAUUGUAGAGGAGAUAACCGAACGUAUUUACUGUGUAGUUUCAUCAUCUUGUGUUUCUUUAUAUGACUUCGAGGGUGUAAUUAUCUAAAUGUUUGUUAUCAUGUUCAUUUAGCCAUCCCAUUCUAAUGCAGCAAACACGACAUCAAGUGUGAGCACGACGACAUAUCUUUCCUCACCCUGUCAAACAUUUACUACAGUUUCACUUCCAAUUUCUACACACUCAUUACCAUUCAUUCCACCUUUCACCGAAAGUGAAAACAACACCGACGAUGUUAUUUACCAGCUAACAUGCCAUUCAGCGAGAGGGCAACAAUCUGUUCUUGUUAACAAAAAGUGGAACAGUCUUUGCCAUUCUCUCAUGAAAAAUGAUGAUACCAAUGUUGUCCAUACAGUUGUUAAUACAGAUUGCGGGAAGAAGUUAUGUGUGGAGAAGACUGUAAAUUUAGUGAAGGAAGAAUGCGCAGCUAUGUGCUCUGCGGGAACGGACAAUACAACUUUGUUUCGUAAGAAAGAUGUUAACGACAUUUGCAAUUUUAGUUUCCUGAAGUUGAUGGACGAAGUAAAUGAGAAAACAAAUACGUUGUAUCAAAUUGUACUGGCUAUUAUUAAUCUAAAAAGUGCGGAAAGGAAUACAAAUAAAUCCAGAGAAAGGAAGCUGAUUGCUGCAGGCAUGGCUAUUUCUUUGCUGAUGAAGGCAAGAAACAAGAACAUGAGUGCUGCCCAAUACGUGGUUUCUUUGCUACUUCUCAAGGGAGGCAUGACAAAAAUGGUAAAUAUUACGUGA